GCUGAUUUGGCGGCAUAAAUGAGUCAAGGUCGGGGCUUGAAAGACCAGUAUGGAGUGCCUGAGUUCAGAAUCGAGCGCAGUUUGUGACAAUCAAGCUACCAAUAACAUCAGAAAUUCCAAACCUAAAAGCGAUGCAUCUAAGAAAAAGAAAACAUCCAAAAAGUCUCAUCACCAUUGCAGUCACAAACAAAACAAUAAUGAUUGCUGCAAAACUGCUUGUAAACCCGACGUUCUACGAAAUCUUUCAACCGUAAUUCAAAACUGGAAGUUGGGUGAUAAAGCUCCAUGCCACAAAACAGCAAAUAUUGAAAGCACUUUUAAAAACAUUGAGAAACGAAUCAUUCAUGGAAGUGUUGAGAAAGUUUCACCUGAUUGUCAGGCUCCUGGAGGUGGACUAGCUUACCCUAAAGAGACCAAGUUUAUUUUUCAUUACCAAAUUCGUAAACUGGAUGAAGACCGUACCGUGAUUGAUGAUACCCGUAGGUAUGGAAAAACGAUGGAGGUGUACUCGGGAAAAGAAUUCCAACUGGAGUUUUGGGAACAAUGUUUAGGAACUAUGUUGCCUGGUGAAGUUUCAUCAUUUGUUGUACCACCUGAAAAAUUGGCUUCAUUUCCAGCUGUAAAUAAAAAACUGCGUGAUUACAUGUUAAAUAAAAAAGAUCAUUCUGCAAAACACUGUUGUGGAUUAAUGAGCUUACAAGAGCAAGGUGGUUUGGGCUAUCCAGAUCUGGACGAGUUGAUGAUGAAACCUGAAGCACUUGAAUUUAUUUUUGAUUUAGUUAAAGUUGAAAUUCCAGGCACUGGUAGUCGUAAAGAAACAUGGAUAAUGACGCCUGAAGAGAAAUUGGAAACUGUACCAGUUUUACGUGAAGAAGGUAAUCAGUUGUAUAAUCGUGGGGAAUAUAAUAAGGCUGCUGCAUGUUAUAGUGAAGCGUUAGGCAUUUUAGAACAAUUAGUUUUACGAGAAAAACCAGGAGAACCUGAGUGGCUUGUAUUGGACAAGUUACAAAUACCACUAUUCGUUAAUCUUGCACAAUGUCAAUUUAAAGAAAAAGACUAUUAUGCUGUGAUAAAAAAUACUACUGAAGCCUUAUCACGAGAUCCUACAAAUGUAAAAGCACUUUAUCGCAGGUCUAAGGCGUAUAUAGAAACUUGGGACUUUGAUCUAGCUGCUGAGGAUCUACGUAAGCUAGCCAUUUGUCGUCCGGAAAUGAAGAACACAGUCGAAAAUGAACUAAACAUUAUCGAGGCUAAACGUGUCAACGAAGAAAUCAAAGGAAGACAAAAACUAGCUGGGAAACUCUUCGCUUGUCCAAAAUCAGUCGCAGAAUCAAAUAUAUUAUAAUGUAUCAUAAUAAAUUCAGAAAUAUUCAUGUCAGUAUUAUAUGUACUUUGAAUAUCUGAAAAUGGAUUCAAGGUUUGUGCAUUUAUGAUGGAACAGUCGUAUUUUUUUUCUGCGUCUAUAUAUUUCCAUCUUAAAUAUCUUGACUGUGAUAUAACUACUUGCAUCAGUAGCUUUUUUUCAUUUCAUAUGUGGAUUUUCUUUUGAUUGUAUGUACCCAUUAUAUUGUAAAUACUAUGUUGAAAAUGAAA